GCCUCUUCAAGAGGCUACUGUUCAUCACUCUCAUUUCUCUCCCUUCGUCUUCCCUUUCUCAAAUUAUAGAAAACCCAUGGAGACUAGAAGCUCAAAGAAACACAAAGAGGGUUUUAGUGGCGAUGGAGGCGGCGCCCAAGGGGCUAAUUUUGGAGGUGGCCAUAGUCUCGGGAUCUUCGUUGAGGCCGACAAAACUUCCAUGGAAGGAGUAGAAGGUAGUGGAGCCAUGGAGCGUGGCGCCUAUGGUGAGGAAGGGAGAGGCGAUGGCAGUCCGCAAGGCAUGGGAGAGCCCAUGGGCGGCACCAGGGAUGCUACGGACGGCACCCAACUAGGCAGCCAAGAUAAGGGCAACGCCUUGUCUUUUUUGGGCGCUGGGCCUACUUGGUCAGGUGGAGGCUUCAACCAUUUGGGCGCCGACUGUGCUAGAGAGAUUGGGCGAAAUGGAGGGGCAGGAGAAAUAGGGGGUCCCAUCCCCAUGGGCGGCACUAGGGGCUUGGGCGACUCCCUCUCAGGAGUGGUUCAAGCCUCCUUUCAUGAGGCCAAUGAUGGAAAUAUCGCUUUAGGUGCUGGGUCUCUCCCUCCAGACCAUGGUGGUGACUCAGGUGUGAUGAGCAGCUCCAAGAAGCAUGCAGGCAAGUCUACUAGCACCUUAGGUAGUGCGAGGAAGUGA